AUGGAAGAGGAUCGUGGAACGAGGUUUCAAGACGAGGUGAUCGCCAAAGCACUACGGAAAGUAUCAGAUGUAGUAAUGAUCGAUUCACCCGCCAUUAAUGUGUCAGCCAUUGAAAUCGCAAAAACAAUAAAGUAUCUUCUUUACCGACAGCUUAAGAAAUGCCGUGACGUAAAUCAAACAAGCCCCAAUCAUAUAGCCACACGUCUGGGUCUUCGUCAAAAGAUUGAGUUGGUGUCUACUGGAGAACACGCCAAGACUCUUACCGCGGGUGUGUAG